AAGACGGCUGUUUGCAGUUCUCUCCCGUGUUAGCGAGCACAGCACACCAAGACUGUCUGAGCGAGAGGCCAGCUGCACCUACUCCCUGAUGUUCCAUGUUCCAGGACAGCUGGCACAACAUGUCAAGGCCCUUGCUGACCAGGUCUCCUGUAUCUCCGCUGACUAAUCAGGGAAUCCCAACACCAGCACAGCUCACCAAAUCCAAUGCCCCAGUGCACAUUGAUGUGGGAGGUCACAUGUAUACCAGUAGUUUGGCAACGCUAACUAAGUUUUCUGACUCAAGAAUUGGUCGCCUCUUCGAUGGAACGGAGCCCAUUGUCCUGGACAGCCUGAAGCAGCAUUACUUCAUCGACAGAGACGGUCAGAUGUUUCGUUACAUUUUAAACUUCCUGCGCACUUCAAAGCUCCUUAUUCCUGACGAUUUCAAAGAUUACAGCUUGUUAUUUGAAGAGGCCAAGUAUUUCCAGUUGCAGCCCAUGCUGAUCGAGCUGGAGCGCUGGAAACAGGACAGGGAGUUAGGCCGGGUCUCGCGGCCGUGCGAGUGUCUGGUGGUGCGGGUGGCCCCUGACUUAGGGGAGCGGAUCACUCUGAGCGGAGACAAGGCUCUGAUCGAAGAAGUGUUCCCGGAAAUUGGGGAUGUGAUGUGUAACUCAAUCAACGCUGGCUGGAAUCAUGACUCAACGCAUGUCAUCCGAUUCCCCCUCAAUGGCUACUGCCACCUCAACUCUGUUCAGGUGCUGGAACGAUUGCAGCUGAAGGGAUUUGAAAUUGUUGGAUCCAGCGGCGGUGGAGUUGACUCCUCCCAGUUUAGUGAAUAUGUACUAAGGCGGGAAAUCAAACGGCUAUCCCGUGUACCACCUGUCAUUCGAAUAAAACAGGAACCGCUGGACUGAACUGACACAAUCAUCGCGAGAGAGAGAGCAAAAAUUCAAAAAAAAUUUUAAAAAAUAAAUAGAUUUUAAAAAAAACA